AUGCCUCGUCGGAAACUCUCUGAUGCUGAACGCUGGCAGGCCAUUGGAAUGGUAAGAACUGGAAUGAUGUAUAGAAGGAUUGGCGAACACUUUAAUGUCAGUCAGACUGUAAUAUUGCGUCUGGUACAACGCUGGAAAAGAACUGGGGGUGUGGAAGAAGCUAAAAGAUCUAGAAGACCCCGAAAGACUACAGAGAGGGAAGAUAGACUUCUAAAACGACUAGCUAAACAGAAUACUUCUGACACUGCAAACACACUGAGAAGCAAAUGGAACACCAAAGGUCGAAUCAGCAGAAGCACAGUUAACAGGAAGCUAAACAAGGAAAAGAUGCGAUCACGUCGGCCAAUAAAACGUCCACUCUUAUCCCAGAGACAAAGAACACGUCGACCUGUACUAAUAGAUGACAACGCUAGACCUCAUCGGGCCCGAAUAGUUAAAGACUAUCUUUCCCAUGAAUCCAUUGAAACUAUGACCUGGCCCACCAUGUCCCCAGAUAUGAACCCAAUUGAACAUUUGUGGGAUUAUCUUGGUCGUAGAAUUAAUCAGAGGACCCCAAGAUGUGAAUACUUACAGGAUUUGAAAGAUGCUUUAAUUCAGGAAUGGAGACAGUUCCCCCAAAACCGCCUAAGACGACUUGUCCACAGCAUGAGAAGGCGUGUAAAAGAACUGUACAAAAGUUGUGGUGGAUGUACACAUUAUUAA